CUGGAAUAACUGUGUAGAUAAUGUCGAGUUGUGUAUAAUAUCCCUCGUUGGAUAAUGAAUCCGAACACGUCCUUUCGUAUAUUUCAGCGUGACUGGUUUGCCGCACUGCCACUUUCACAUCUCAACUAUAUUCUCGGAAACGAACAAAACAUGACUACAGGUGGCGCUUUUCGCGGGAAAUCGCGUCAUAUUCGAACGUGAACGAACACAUUGAGACGGAAGGGUUGAAGAGGCAGAGCGGGUUAUCAACGGUUGAAAUAAACUCACUUGAAUAUAUAGAUAUUCAAGAUGUCAACCGGAGAUUUGAAAAAUAACCUGAGGAAGCUGCAGACAGAGGUCAAGUUGAUGAAAUAUCCAGAGUCUGUUGAUAUCAAGGGGUUGACUCAAGGUGAUGCCAAGGCCUUCAUGCCGAUCCUUCAUCAUGGCUUCACAAGCUACAGCACCAAACUGGCCGAAGAUAUUGCUGCUAAGGAUAUUGUACUCUUUGCCAAGUCUGAUACAACAUUCAUAGAUUCUAUUUACAAGAUUCUGCGGGAUAUGUUCUCCUACAAACCCUUGGUAACGAAGGAACAGUUUUUCUCUACCCAGUUUGCAGAGAGGAAGAUCAUUAUGGUUACAGAAAUUCUCCAGAGAGUUCAGAAGCACUGUCGCAGCAUCAUAUUCCAGUAAAUCCUCCUCCGCCUUCAAGCUCAACUCUUCCAUGGACAACAUUGCCAGGCCCCCUUCUGGACGGAUUCGGCCCAAAUCUGCUGCAACAGGGACCACAACGACUACAGCAACCACAGCGACAAAGAAAGAUGCUGCAAAAUCGUCAGCCAGCAUGCCGCCACCCCGUGCAGUCAGUACCCACAAUGCAGCUGCCAAGAAGUCAAAUCUCAACAGAUCAGCGUCAGCAGUGUCUCAUAUAGAACUGAGCAAGUACAGAUCUUCUUCUGUCCGGUCGUCCCUUCCUGGACCAGGCAAACCCAGGGUUGUGAAGGAGGUCAUUGACCCCAACCAGUCAUGUGACGCUGUGUUUUCCUCGUAUACCCCGAGUAUUGCCCGUGUCAAACCACGUGCUGUAGAGGUGGUUAACAUGCCCAAGGUUCAAGGAAAUGAAUCACCCAUUGAAGUGGCAUCUGCUUCACCCAACACGCCCCAGUCUGAGCCUGUAGCAGCUGUCAAUGGGGAAACCAGAGAUGGGAUCAGUACCAAUGCAGCAGUUCUCUGUUUUCAAGAACUUAAUGAGAAAAUUAACAGCAUCAUGUCGAUGUUGGAAGCUGUUGACAGUCGUGUUGGCCAGAUGGAGGCUAUGUUUGAUCUACAGAAGUCUGUUCCCGUCAGCCAGGAGCCGGCGCUGGACAUGAACCGCUGGAAUACUGUGGACGCCAGACUCAAACUCCUGGAGAAUAGGAUGCUCAUCUUGGAGUCAAAGAUUCCAGAUACUGACAAGGUUAAAGAUGCAGUCGCCACCUGUCAACUCGUCACCAGUCACCCCAGUGUCUGCUGGAAAAACUGGUGCCUUUGUCACCAUUGAGUCAUUUGUGAAUGGAGUUCUGUCCUUCAUAGAAUCUAAAGUUCGUAAAAUGGCGCGAGAGGCAGAAGCUAAAAUCCGAUCCCAUUCGGCUGAGGAUGACCUGGACAGGGUGUCACCAAUCAGGAAACCAGGGAUGGUGGAGUUGCCAAGCAACAAGGGGGGUCAGGAUGAGAUGUUUACCCUGAUCCCCGACCCAGAGCCUCACAGCUCCAGCACCCCCACUAAAGGUGUGUCGGGUGUUGGCCUCAAGUAUGUGGACACACCAACACACAACCAGGCACAGAGGAUUGAACACCUGAUGCAGAGUACUGAAUCCAUGUUGAAGCCAGUCCAGACCGAGAUUCCAGCCGAGGAAGUACAACGCCAGGAUGUUGAUUAAUGAAGAACUCAAUCUCAUCCAGCCUUGAAUACAUCAGUGAAACAUUCCCAUACCAUUAAGUAUUUAUUGAUAGACAGAAGAAAUAUAUCUGACCAAAGAACCUUGUGAUAUUCCUGCAUAUCUGAGCAUUUUGAUGAAUUCAUGACUGUUUCUCCAUUACUUUAUGCCUGUUUGAAGUGACCAAAAUGGGUAUUAGAAGGUUACAAUGGCAGCUAGGCAUGAAUAAAUAUAGCAUGUGGAUGUGGACCACCACAAAAGACUGUUAAUUUGCUUCGCAUAAUUGAUAUGCAUUUAUUGUACAUACAGUUGCUCACAUCAUCGACCACUAGUUUGUUUGGUUCUAGCAAAGUAACAUUGCAGGCCAUGUUUAUGCAAACGAUAUUUGUGAAGCUAUUUCUCACCAGACACGCGCAUGUCACCCGUCUUUUGAGGCACAUCAUGGCUGUAUGGCUGUGUUCCCUACAAUGGCUUCAGGUUAAGGUUGGUGUGAGUACACGGGAAGAUCCUAAACUGGGAGUCCUCGUCCCUGGGUGUUGAUGACAUUAUGAGUCCCUUGUUUACAAAGUAGUUCAGACUGAUCACUUCAAAGUCCACAUUUCAAUCCGCUCAUCAGUACAGUGUGUGAAGCCCAUUUCUGGUCUUCCCUGCAACAUUAUGGAAUACUGUGAAAUCUGCAUAAAACCCAGCUCAAUCUCUCUGGUAGGCUGACAAUCUGCUGUGAUGAAGUUGUAAAAUUACUAAUAAUGAAUUGUGUACUAGUUACUCAUAAUCCCCAAUUAUGUGCGAUUCUCCUGCCAAAUUGACUCCUGAAGACAAAAAUCUGCAGUUUAAAAAUCCCUUGACUUGGAUUAAGGAAGUACUUUGUAAUAGCUGCCUCAUCCUUUGCUAUGAUAGCUCAGUGGUGACAGUGUUAGCCUACCACAGACUGCAGGUUUGAUCCUCAACAUGUACAUUUGCCGACCACACUGGUACCCCCACUUCCCUGUGUUGUCUAGUCAUACACAACUAAAGUGAUGCCAUGUCAUCUUAUGGUUGAAGGAUUCCAUUAAAUUCCAUCAGUUCUGUACAUUUUCUUCUUCUGACUAUAAUGGCCAAGUAUUGAAGUGAUAACACUUGAUAACAAUUUCCCCUCCAUCAUCUCUUCAUGUGAGACAUAUUUACAAUUGUUGACAUCUUUUUCAAUAAAAUAUGCACAACCAA